CAGUCACGUUUUGAUAUUCAACGAGAAAGGCCGUGGAUACAUCUUUCCGAAGAUAAUGUCAGCCCAAAAUAGAAUGACGAUGUUUCAAGGAUGUAUAAUGGGUGUCCUCUUGGUGUGCCUAAACGCCUGUUCAGCAGCCGUUACAAUAUUAGGGGAGGACAAAAAGUACUGUGACGCCAAUAAACCAUUGUCAAUCGAGUGCGAAUUGAACGAUUCGACCACGGAUAUAGACUUUCGAUUCAAUCAUAUCACAGUUGUUUCUUGUGAACCACUAUUCGGUUGCAGCAUAACCGAUUCGGCAUAUAACGUAACAAAAACUGACUAUAGUUACAUUCUACACACUGUCAACAACUUCAAUGCAACUGGGUGUGGAGUUUACCAAUGUACAGACAUCAAAAGCCGCGUGUGCGAUACAGUCAAUGUUACAUACAAAAAGUUUAACAUUGACGCAGACAAUAUUGAGGAACAGGAUUUGUCGUUGACGAUUCCAACAACGUGCGUCUUCCCCUCGGAAAACAUUACAGUCACUUGGUUCUACACAAUUGAAAAUAGUACACAACAACUUGAUCUUGAAUCAGAUUCAUCUUUCAUAAAAACUGUAAACAAAACUGACACCUGCUCAAACGGAACCUGCAAUGCCAAACUGGCCAAGGAAAAAACUUCAUUCGGUUUGAAGUUUAGCGAAACGACAGGACAGUACGUUUAUAGCGUCAUCGAAGUACGAAUCGUGCAUCCGUCUUUUAAGGACCAACCAUCACUGACAUACCAAUCUUUAAAAAAAUAUCCCGUUAAAGAAAUCAAAACCGUACCAGCGAGCAAUCCGAAUUAUGUCAUGUAUGCCUUCAUUGUCCUGCUCCUGCCCCUACUAAUCUACCUUAGCAUUCAUGUUCUUAUUUGGAUAAAAAUUCGGGAUUUGACCUUGUUUGCCUUCAUAAGAAACACAUGGACUAUUGCUUGGAAUAUGUCGUUUGCACGUGAAGCCCUAGAUGACAGUCACUUCUACGUUCUCGUUAAUGGUAAAAUAGUCCUCAACAGUAGCACCAAGACGAUUACCCCAGGUGACGCUUUUGCAAAAUUUGACCUUAUAUACGGGAUGGCCGAAAAACCCAUUGAAAUGAAUUCUGUGAUCACGGUCAAGAAUGAAAAGUCAGGUGCUACAGCCAGAAUAUUCGCGUUGUCUAGGUUUGAUUUCCUAGUGAAAAGCGACGAUGUAUGGCUAUUAAAAUUGGAGAGAAAAAAAUACAAUGAAAUAUUAAUGGUACAGAAAAGGGCGGAAUGGAAAUACACGUUGUAUCAAGAAAUGCUUACCGAAUGUUUGCUGUUUAAAGAAUUUGACCUGCAAACAAAACAGAUGGUUGCGAGUGAUUUUGAAGCCAUUUGUUUUCGUGACGGAGAUGACAUUUUGAGUCCACAUAGAACAACGAAAGACACACGUAUCAAUGUAGAGGGUUCAGAGUCUCAACAGACUGGUGCAGGCGACAAGAAAACAAGCCAUGGACUCGUCUACUUCAGAUGCAUUGAAAUUGAACCUGAGGAAUGUGAUGACAAGCAGACGAUUGUUGAAGGGAGUAAAGCAUCAGAAGACGUCUUCAUUAUUACCGAGGGAGCAGCAGUUGCGACGGACAGCGCGGACAAUCACAUACAGGUGCAAGCGGAAUACAACAAAUUUGACUACCUUGACAAAUCUGAACCUGAAGAAUGUGAUGACAAGCAGUCGAGUGUUGAAGGGAGUGAAACGUCAGAAGACGUCACCAUUAUUUCAGAGGGAGCAGCAGUUGCGACGGACAGCGCGGACAAUCACAUACGGGUGCAAGCGGAAUACAACAAAUUUGACUACCUUGGUUAUGAUGUUUCGAAGACUAUCUACCGUUCUGUCAUCGCCGAUGGACCUAUACUAUGCGCAAAGCUGUGUUCUAAAUACUAUCAAACGAACGGAAGCCAAAACUGGAUAGAUGUCAAAUAGCCAAACUGUCUCAGGUGUUAAAUUCAGACCAAGGAUAUUUGCAGAAAAAAGGAGACCUUAUCAGCAAGACAAAAUAUAAACGUGCAAUCGUUUUAUAAAAACAAAACUCAUUUAAUGUAUACUAGUCGAAUAGCUAUGUUAUAUGCUAUGUAUAAAAAAACAGCCGAGUUAGUGGCAACUAUCCUACAAUACAGCUUUCGAACGUGUACAUGCAUGGAAAGUUUUGAAAUAUGCACUAUAAGUGUGGAUGUCUGUUUCUAUAUCACUAUUAUCAAAGUUUUGAAAAACAAAUGAAUCAUUCAGCAUAUGACAUAUUGAACGUGACAAUAUACCAUUAUUUAUGAGGUAAUUAGAAACAACCUAAGUAGCAUUUGAUAAUGAAACAGAAUAUUGUUCUUCAUCCUUAUAUUGACUGCGAUUGUCUAAUAUCCGUUUCGAGUAAAGAUUUUAUAUCGUUUUUUUGCAUUACAGACUAUCUCGGAUUUCCAAAAAUGUGCCGUUCCCGCAGGCAACACUUGUUCAUUUUUAAUGAUUAUGCAUAAGUUUAAAUACCAUGUGUUGCCUUCCGAAUAUUUAAUUAAAGCUACCAAGGUGACAAAAUCCAUUUCAAUAAAUUGUGGUUGACUUCAUUGAUAAAAAGCCUGUUUAUAAUUACUCAUAAUAAUUUAUGUAAUUGAUCUAUUUACGUUGAGAAUAGAAGUUAAGCAACAAUUGUAAAUGAUUUGUGAAUGUUUAUUUUUUUGGCCAAACCUCACUCCAAUUACUAAGGUUGACUGAAUUUAAGAAUUUAAUAAAAAUAUGUGUACAAUUCUUCAUAUUGUAUUCGCUAAAAAUGUUUCAUUACUACUUUAUUUUCAUUUUUUGAAACAGUUUUGUGUUCUUGUUUUCUAGAUCAACACCCUUUCAGAUUUUAUAUUUAGAACCUCCAAAACUAUUGAGAAUCUAUAUGUAUAUCAUAGUGUGUGGUUGAUUUUGUAUUCAAGUCUUACAGAUACAGAUGUCAAUAUAGGCUUGCACAUCAUAUUUGGACCAGUAUAGGUCUGUUUCACAUAUACAUGCUUAUAGCAAGAGCAUAUAUCAUCUAUGUAAUACAUGUAUUAUCUAGUUUAAUCCAUAAGUAUUUGUUUGUAAUAUAAGUACAUCAUAUUUGAAUCAGUAAAGGCUUGUUCGACAUAUGUAUACAUGUCUAUAGCAAGAUUAUAAUCAUCCCAUGCAGCUGACCUCUUAGAGGCAUGUGCCUACAGGUCUCUUAAAUCUCUGAAACUUGUCUCACUAAAGAUUAUAAGUAUCUUAAUGGCCGAGAGUGUAAGAAAGGUUCAUUCCGACCCGUGCGUAGGGUGUUUUGCGGAACCGAGUUUCCGCAAAACACCCUGCGCGAGGGUCGGGAUGAACCUAUCUUACACGGGCAGCUAUGAGAGGUGACCACACCCUUUUCCCCCUCUCCAUAUCCUUUCCUUUUUCCUAUCAUUACUAUCAACCCCACCACCCUGAAUUUCUCAAUCCACUUUUUGUAAGAAAUUAUAUUUCUAUAAUUAAAGCUUCCUACCAUAAAAUAUUGUAUUAUUUAUGUCUAUAUAUUUCUAUCACUUCGAACCAGCAGUAGCAUAUCAAACAAAUCCUGUUUCUAAUUAUUUGUACUCACCAUAUCCCUAACAAUGAAAACAGAAGACCGACUUAGUAAAACCAACUAUGGUUAACUCUCAAUUCUGCGAUUUGCUUAAACAAUUAUUUAUUUUGUUCAAUAUUUUCUGCAAUAAAUAGUGGUUAAACCAAAACAUUUGGUUAAACGGAUAACAAAAAGGCUGCAUUUUAAAAUUAUUUACAGCAUUCUUAUAUAAGGGCGAGUUUUGACAGCAAAUACAAAUUGGUCCGUUUCUUUUAUCACGUAUUUGGCGAGUUAGGUAGCCAAUCAAAUCGGAAGGAACUCAUAUUGGCCGACUCUGGUCGAUAUUGGUCGAGUUUUGGCAUAAAUUGUCGUCAAAUGUCUAGUAUUAGUACCACGAUUGUCCCGGUAUUGCGUCAAAUACGUAAUAUGUGAUUAACAUUUCCAUAAUAUAGAGGACAUUUGUUUUUUGUUAGUUUAUGUUUAAAGUUUUGGCUACUGAGCUUAUUUCUGUAUUUUUUCAUAUGAAUAUUUAGUGAAAGAUCGUAUCUGAUUUCACGUGUGACAUAGAAACACAUAAUAACACGAGUUUUUUUAUGAUCACGAGUGAGAAUUAAAUUCGACCCUACUCUGAAAUCAACAAUUUUCUGUUUCUUUCAUGCUUAUUUUAUAGGUUAAUCAGAAUUUAAAUGUAACCCCAUCUGAAAAUGAGUGUUUUCUACGCCGCCACCCGUGGGAAGCUCCUCACGUAAAACUAUAGUUGAUGACGUAGCUGUCAUUUGUCCAUUUCCGGUUUGUAGAUUAAAACUUUUGCGAUAUGUUUAAUAGUUUAUUGUUCACUCGUGUUUAGUGAAAACGUUUUUUUAACUGAAAUCAAUGAACAUGUAUUAUUGCAUUAAUGUUCACAUAAAGUAACAGUUAAUGAUCGAAAGCACUUUUAAAUUACACAAGUAAUGAAUACCAGAUUACCACGCCGCCAUUAAUUGAAAAGUUUAAUGUAAAUUUGAAAGGUCAAAAGUGUUAGCAAAACAACUGCGGAUACAUUGGAUGAAACCAUUUUUCUUAGGCAUUUGGCUUAUGAUACAUGGGUAUUCGGUCUCAUUUGCUUGAAUACGGGUUAUUUUUCAAGUAAGUGUGAGUACCACGCUAGGUUGUUGCUACAUUUUAAAGUUUGGGUUGGGUAAGACAAAUCUUUUGUUAAUCUGUUAAUUGUUGUGUGAAUUUUAAGAUUUUUAAGAUUUCAUUGGUUGUUGGCAACAUGUUCUGGUUUAAAAGUUUCGUGAUUAGGUUUGAUGAAGGGGAAGUAUUUCUUAAAUUUGAUAUUUUCACUGCUUAGUUUGCAGUGAAAAAAAAAACAUAAAUUAUAUUUUAACUGUUGUUAUUUCACUUAUAAAACUUCAUAUUUAAUGGAAAAACAUGAAAGAAACACCUAUAGAUUCGAGUUCUUCCGUCGAAUGCUUUAUGGUAUAUGCAGUAUGUGUAAUCGCUGUAAUGCUAUUUCAUUUUUAAGGGUUUCAUGUUAUAUUUAAUGAUAAUCUGCAUUCUUCAAUUUAGUUUAUUUCAAACCAUUUACAGGAACUUUACAGUUACGACUACAAUUACGCCCAUGUUAAGAAAGCGAUCAAUCCGUUUCAUUUUUGUGUGUUUUGUAGCAGAAAACCACCGUUGGUUCAAUCACAGGCGUACACUUCUAAUUAAACAUUUUGAUGGCAGCAGUGAAGCCAAUCCUAAGGUUCAUAAUUUUAGUUGUUGUUUUUAAUAUGUAUUAUACAUUUAUUUUAAUUGGAUUAUAUGGAAGCUUCAAAGAGACGUAUCUAUUUACAUAAGUCUAACCCGUAGCAGGAAUGGGUUCCAUAACAGUAUAUACAUUUCAUAUUAGUUGUUAAUCUUUCUGAUACAGAUGUACCUUUAUGGUGCGACCGCUUUGUUUCAGUAGUUUAUUGCUCCUGAUAACCGAUUUGUUCACAGUAAUAUUAUUACUUUUAUCAUGAUUUUUUUCAGUUGUACCCAUGACAUCAAAACAUAUCUUUAAUUAUUUUUUAAGUAGCACCUUGUAAGUAUUGUGUUGGUCUCAUUUGUUUUGGAUCAUUUUCAAAUGUUUGCAUUUGUUGUGCAUACAUACUUUCCAAACGCCUUUAAAUCAGCUGAGUCUAGAUUUUGUUUUAUCACCUGUUAUAUCUUGUUCAUGAAGUUUUAUCUGUAUUACGCAUGUGUGUUAUUACACUGCUGCUUUUAUGUUAUUCAUAACAUAUAUCUCUCUGUAUGUUCGAUCACAAUUUAUUUUUCUCAUUUUGUUUUCAAAGAUUUUCUUGAAUCAAUUUAUUAUUUUAUCUAUUUCAUAAUAGGAAAACAUGAUAUAAAGUUCCUUUUCUUUACAUGGAAAACAAGUUUUAUUCCAGGGAAUGACAUUCAAUUCAAAAGAAAGCAAUUCCUGUAUUAUACGUCGACCAGCGUUAGAUCCUAUAUUUGUCGAUAAAGAUUUUGGUAGAGCACAUCCGAUUUGCCAUAUCUGUCCAGUUCAAACCAACGUUUUUAUGUUAUAUUUUCUUUUUAUUUUUUAUCCAGUUUAUUGUCACUUACAUAUUCAAAAACGAAUUCGUUUAAUGUCGCCAAUGAAAUGUUUACUUGAUUCAAAACACAGAGUAAAAUGAUAUAUACAUUUAGGAAAUGUAAACGUUUGAAAAAACGUAUGUUUUCCCAGUUAGUGUCGAUGUCCGUGUUUUAAGACGAUUCGUAUGGUUAAAUUGUGUUUUCUAUGUUAUUUGUAAGUGUGAUUUUAACUUAUUUGUAACAGUCAACCCUAAAGUAAUUGCCUGCCUUUGCUGUUGUGCAUAUUUUAAGAACAGUUUCACAUUUAUAAUUCGUUAAUAAUUUAUCACUUGCAACUAUUUUGCCUUCCGUUAAUUAUCAAAAAGAUAAAUAAUGUUUUCAAUAGCUUUAAUAGGUAUGGUGUUUAAUUUUAGAUUAAAAUUUGUUUAAAUAGUCAAUUUAUUCGCUCAAUAUGUCUUCUGAUCAAUAUUUUAUUUUCAAUUUUGAGGUUAUUAAUUGAUUUGUUUUCUAUUUGUUCUGGUGUCAUAAUUUGGGAAAUACUUUUUUAUGUGAUCUCUGAUCUUAAUAUAUUUCUGAGAACUUAGGGCGGUAUAAGUUCAUCUCUGAUUUGCUUCAAUAUAAUGUCAGUUUAAUAGUUUUCGUUUGUAUUUAAUUUUGCUUCUAACCUUUCUAUUUCGCUUUGGAGUUUGAAUAUUUAACGAUUUGGGUUCCUUUAGAUAUGUGAUUGAUUUAUUUGUUUUUAUUCUCAUUGUACCAGUGUAUAGUACGUUUUGAUUGCAUUCGUUGUAAUUUAUAGUUUUUGUAAAACAUCUGUUGAAGUUACUUCGAAUUUACUUUUAACUUUGGUAUUUCGGGAUCAUUGAAGUUGUCAUAAUUAUUAGUGACAAUGCAAUGCAGCUUUUUAAAUAUAAUUGAACAAUAACCAAAACUGCAUUUUAAAACUAUAAUAUGUGUUUCCAAAGUAGUUAGUAAAUAAAUGCCCUGAUAUUUACGCUAUUUACGCUUUAAAUUCUCCUUGUUGUUUUUUGUAAAAUUAAAAUAGGUAUGAUAUCAAUAAGUGAUUUUUCUUUUUAAUAUCCUACUCUGUAGAUAAGUUAUUUUUGUUUGCAGUGAAAUAAACGGAUGUUUUCCGGUUUAUUCACUGGUUUUAUAUCAUUAUUUAGUAAUUUGAUAUAGUUUGUACAUGAUUCACUAUGUCUAGCUAACUUUAGAAUGUAAUAUUUUCGCCAUAUCAUAUUUCCUAGUAUAUUACAUAAACUACUUUAGAGAAAUUUAUUUACAAGCUAUUGAAAGGGUUUCUUAUUUUUUUUAUCUCAUAUAUAAAUAUUAUAAAUGAUGUCAGAAGUUCAUACUCCACUGAUACUUGUUUGAUACAUUAAUUGAUAGUAUAAAAAGCAACACUGCGGUCAAUAUGUCAAGUGAGAAAAAUCUAUAUAUUUUGAUUAUUUCAUAGUUAGGCACGAACUAUGGAAAUACAAUAUUACUCUACAUUGCUAUGUAAUUUGUGCUAUGCUAAUUUUUCAUUGUAUGAAGAGCCUUAAAUCUAAAACAGCUGUAAAAAAUAUCACAAAAAAGUUAUAUAAUUUCAAUUUGAAUUUUUUGACCAAGGUGACAUUACACAACAGCAUAUCGGUGACCUAAACAUGUUUAAUGUGUACACCAUGGUAAAAAAACCGACGUUACAGGCUUUUAAUAUAACGAUAUAAAUCCACGUUGUAUAAAAAAUUGUCUAAUUUUGAUCAAAGAACAACAAGAAUAUAAUACUAGAAAAUCCAGCUGGAACGUAUUGAUCAAUACUUAAACCGGCGUUGAUCGAUUGUCAUUUUCAAAACGUGGUUCAAAAAAUAAAAAUUAUUUUCAAGACAUUUGAUAAUGAUAACACGUUAUAAACAUUGAAGUGUAAAACAAACAAAUUUUGAGUGGAAAUAUCAGAAAUAACAUAUUUUUGCUUUAUUGAUUAAUGCUGUAUGAAAGCUAAACUAUUAAAAUAGUGUGAAUUAUUGCUUAUAUUUACAUCAUGAAAGUUUAAGUUUUGCUUCUUCGACAAUGCUUAAAAUUUCACAUCUACAUUUGAAAUCAAUAUAUGCGUUUUGUGUUGAUUUUUGGUAAAACACAAGAACCCAUUUGAAUUUAUUCCGUAAGGGCUUUACUGGGUUAUUCUUGCUUCUUUUGUGUGUAUUUUACUAAAUUUAAUUUAAGGUUUUCAAUUAAUGCAUAUUCUAGGAAAUUCAAAACGCACUAUUUAUACAUUAUAUAAUUGCAGUAAAUAAUUAUUCAUAAUUUUAAAUGUAUAUCAUCUUUGUCUUUAUAUGAAUAUGUGAUUUGUACUCCAGUUGUAUGAUCUGUUAUUCAAUUAACUUUGAAUUAAACAUUGUACAGACAUAUACUCGUAUUAAACAAAAAAUCUUG